UGUGGCUUCGCCACGUGCUUCUCGCGAUUCUUACCCUUAUUUUGUCCAACACACGCAUCGAGAUCAUACCGUCAUUUCCACAAUGAAAAUAAUUUUCCAGAAAUAAUUCGACCUAACAUACUUGAUCGGCUUUCAAAAUAUCGAGAUAACAUUCCUGCUAUCAUCGUGAUUAUGUGUCAAAAGCUUCACGAAUUGGCACAAACACGUGCGCUCUUGCGCGAAAUGUCGAGCGACUUUAUUGUUAAAUUGAAUUGAUGAACGAGUCUUCAGUCAUAAUAGAAUAAAGCAAAGAUAUGGCCUGGAACAUUAUGAAGCCAAGAGUCUUGCUUGCUCUAAUCAACCUCACCACAUCAUUUUUAAUGGCCGCGGGUACGAGAAUCGCUGCCAGACAACAGACUCAGAGCAACAACCACGGCAACAUUAGCGACCUGCUGGACAAUCUACUUCGCGGUUACGACAACAGCAUCAGGCCAGAUUUUGGCGGGCCCCCGGCUACCGUUGAGGUCGAUAUCAUGGUACGCAGCAUGGGUCCCAUUUCCGAAGUGGAUAUGACAUACUCGAUGGACUGUUACUUUCGACAGUCAUGGGUCGACAGACGUUUAGCCUUUCAAGGUGGUAAGGAAACACUCGCGUUGAGCAUUUCCAUGUUGGCAAGGAUCUGGAAACCCGACACGUACUUCUACAACGGCAAACACAGUUAUUUGCAUACGAUCACCAGUCCGAAUAAGUUCGUCAGGCUUUACCAGGAUGGCAGAGUACUUUACAGCUCAAGACUUACCAUCAAAGCGGGAUGUCCGAUGAAUCUCGAGGAUUUUCCGAUGGAUACACAGAGAUGUCCGUUGCAAUUCGGCAGCUUUGGCUACACGACACGCGACGUAAUCUACAAGUGGAACAGUGCAAGACAGGUCGCUAUAGCGGAGGACAUGAAGCUGUCGCAAUUUGAUCUGGUCGCCAAUCCGACCGCAAAUCAUUCCACUGCACCAGGAUUAUCACAUGCUGACUAUUCGAUGCUUCUGGUAAACUUCCACUUACAAAGGCACAUGGGUAACUUUCUAAUACAAGUAUACGGUCCUUGCGUCCUGCUGGUCGUCCUGUCUUGGGUUUCCUUCUGGUUAAAUAGAGAAGCCACUGCCGAUCGAGUGUCGUUGGGCAUAACUACCGUGUUGACGAUGACGUUCUUAGGGUUGGAAGCAAGAACCGAUCUGCCAAAGGUCCCUUACCCUACUGCCUUGGAUUUCUUCGUCUUUCUAUCAUUCGCAUUCAUCUUCGCUACUAUAAUACAGUUCGCGGUCGUACAUUACUUUACCAAGCACGGAUCGGGCGAGUGUUAUUUCAGUUCUGAUCUAAGCGAUACCGAAAGUUCGAGCGGGGAAGAAGACAUGGGUGGGAAAACACGUCGGAGGAGUUCCGGCACGCGAGGACGCGAAAAUCGUAACUUUGCGAUAAACGGCGACAAUAUGAUCGAAGUGAUACCAUUAUCGGCGAUCUCGAUACGUCCCGAUCGAGAUCCCGCGGUAGCUGGUCACUGGCAAAUAUCCUGUGUGACCUGUAGCCCAUCGUCGAGACAGACGACAACGACGACGCCGCCGCCUCCACCGCCGUUGUCAUCUUCCAGACGAACAACGUUGUCCACUUCUAGAAGAAGACGACGUCGGAGAACGCCCAGGUACAACUCGGUAUCGAAGAUCGACCGUGCCAGUCGCGUGGUGUUUCCUCUCUUCUUCCUAGCCAUCAACGUCUUCUACUGGUAUGCGUAUCUUUCGCGCAGCGAACGAAUCCACUAUUCCAAUGUCGCGUGAUAUGCAUUCAUCGAAGAGUACAUCUUGCUUCUCAAAGUUUUGCAAAGUUUCACGCGUUAAAAUUGGUAAUUAAAUACAUAAAUCCGAAAAACUUCUACAAGAGUGAACAAGUAGUUAUAUGCAAAAUGUCACAUGUGAAUUUACUACGUAAUUUCUCUCUCGAAUUAUUAAAAUACCGCCAGGAAAAUGAGAUUUUAUCUCGAGUAAGAUGGAAAUUUGGAAUAAUGAAAAGCGAAAGCUGUAAAAGUUUAUCGAUAAUAAUGUGAUGAGAAAAUUCUAACAUCCAUUCCGAAGAUGAAUGUGAAGAUUAGAAGAGACAUCAUAGUGUGUAAAAUUUAAGAGCUAGAAAGCUUCCUACAAGAUAAAUCAUACUAAAAUUUAGCCAAAAAGAAUAUUAUCUUAAUAUAAUAAUUUAUUUACACGUUAUCUCUGUGGAUGUGCAUCUUUUGACCUGCCUAAAAAAAAGACUAAUGCUACUCGAAUAUAAUCAAAUUAAUGUAAAAAGUGAGAAUUUUUAUAUUUUUUAUA